AUGUUUCCUUGGUCUUUUCCGUUCGGAUGCUUCCUUUGGUCUUUUCCGUUCGGUGUGAUUGUCAGUUACAGUCGGCUGCGUGGGCUUGAGUUUCGGCAAUGCAUUUCGGUUACGGUAUGCUCGAUGAGCUUCGGUAUGCUCGAUGACCACCACUGCGCUUCUCGAUGA